GAUCCUAUUUCUUCGUUCAAUCGAGAGAGAUACUCUCACGACCGCUCUCUCGCUCUCGUUGGUUUGACGCUGAUUGAGUUUAUUGAGAUUUUUUCCACCAUAGUCACCAUCAAACCUGAAAAAAGUAGUGUCGAAUCCAAUGGAUUCUGGCACCACUGAAAUUCUUUGAAAUUUUGACGUCGAAAGCUUCGUUCAGCUUGCGUUACGAGUCUCGCAGCGGUCUCAACACUCGCUCGCCUGCGUGUGCUCGCACACAGACACUGCCACAAGGUGCGCACAGAUACAGAUACAGCUCAACAGCUCCACAGCUCUACAGCUCCGAGUGGAGUUCAGUUUUCGCCCCACGAUCAGACAGAAACAGAGUCUCGAGUCUCGAGUGCAGUGUGUGCUUCGCGUUUCGGUUACGAUUUGGGGAACGGAACUCGGACUCAGAUUCGGAUUCGUUUACGUUUACGGGUUUGAAUUACAAGAGAAAAGCUUUUGCUACCGAUUUUUGUUGGUGUGUUUAACUAGUGUGUUGUUUACGAACAACCUCCGGCCGAAAAUUCCAGAUAUCGCGCGGACCCGACACAAUCAAAGCCCAUACAAUACAAUCCACUACACUACAAUCCUACAAUACAAAAUACAAUCCCCACAAUCCAAUAAAAUCCAAUCCAAAAGUUGGCGCUGGUCAAAAUCGAGCCCCAGCAACAGCCCCACCAAGCAAACGGCAUUCUUUCGCGCAACAACAACAAAAACGUAACCGACUUGAGCGAGAGAGCUGACGUCCGCGCUCUCUUUCCCACUCUCUCUCACUCUAGCGCACACUGCUUUCGCGUGUGUGUGUGUGUGUGCAUCUGUGCGAGCGCGCGCGUGUGAGUGAAUUUUGAUUAAAACGUAGUGUGCUCGUGCUCCCCCUCUCUCUCUCUUUCUCUUCGGCGCCCACAAGUGCGGCCUGGAAUGCGUUGACUGCGCAGUCGCAGCGCGCGAUUUGAAGAGGUCAGGCAGCCGCAGCAACAACAAAACCAGCAACAGCAGCAGCAAAAGCAAAAAUAAAACACAGUUUGGUGGCAUUUGAAAAAAAAACAACGCAAAAGUGUGAACAAAUCAGUGAAGAAAAGUAUAAGAAGAAGCAGCUGGCAGCUGGGGAGAGUCAAAGAAAGCUAAAGAUAAAAACUAAACUCUCAAUUUUUGUGGAUUACGCGGCAGCAGAGCAGCGGAAAAACAGCAGCAAAUAACAGCAGAAACAACAACGAAAACCCGAGACAAUAUGCCGACAACGACUGCAGCGGCGAACGUUGUCAUCGGCAGUGCAUAAGCAAACGUAUUUCCAACGUGCGCGCUGUAUACGGAAAAUGAUGCAGCAUGCGAGCAUUUUGCACCGUCAGCGCGCCCCUGGAAGUAUGCGCGUCCUCAGCCGAGCAACUGUCACCAGGCUCGCGAUUCCUGGCCCUGAGACUUCUGGGGCAACAGCAGCAGCCGAAAACCCUGUACUUCCUAGUCGAUGCCAAGAGCCGGGUACGAGAGGUCUACACGCAGACAUGUCUGCACUUUGCCACGCAGGGUAUGCUGGACACCGAACUGUUCGGUCUGGCAGUGCUCAUAGAUGGCGAGUACAUGUUUGCAGAUCCCGAGAGCAAGCUCUCCAAAUACGGACCCAAGAGCUGGCGAUCCUCGCACACCCACGGUUUGGAUGCCAAUGGACGGCCACUCCUGGAGCUACACUUUCGCGUGCAGUUCUACAUCGAGAGUCCGUUCAUGCUGAAAGAUGAGACGUCGCGGCACAACUACUACCUGCAGCUGCGGCACAACAUCCUGCAUCGGGAGCAGCUGCCCCGCGAGCAUGCCGAGCAGGCGCUGGUCUUCCUGGCCGGCCUUGCUCUGCAGGCGGACCUGGGCGAUGCCCCACCAGCCUCAGUGCCAGCCGCAGCCCCAGCACCAAGCCAAACCCCAAGCCAAUCCCAAAUCCAAUCCCAGACAGCCACAAAGGAGGACUCCAGCGAGGAGGUUGGAGGGGUCACAUCCCUAAGAGCCUCCACAACGAUGACGUUGCCGAAGAUCAGCAAGCGGCUGAGCAGCGCCAACGAGCGGAUGCUGCGCCUCUCCACGUAUGUGGCCUCCACCUCCAAGAGGGAACCCCUGCCCCUGCCGCCACUACCGCCUGCACUGCCACUGCCCGCGUCCGGAACGGACUACUUCCGGAUCGAGGACUACCUUCCGAGUACUCUGAACACGCCCUGGGGCCGAAGUGCCCUGCGGGCAUGCCAUCGAGAGCACCUGGGCAUGUCCGCAGCGGAGGCGGAGCUGCUGUACAUCCAGCAGGCGUGCAGCCUCCACGAGACGAUCAAUGCGCACACAUUCCGGAUGCGGCUGGCCAAGAGCGAGCAGGGCGCAGGCAGUUCCUGGUUCGUGGUUUACGCCAAAGGCAUCAAGAUCCUCGGAGGCGGAGAGGGAGGGGUCACAGCGGCCUCGGCGGAGACCUCCACCACCUUCCUGUGGCCCAACAUAACGAAGCUCUCGUUCGAGCGAAAGAAGUUCGAGAUCCGCUCCGGGGAGAGCCGGAUCACGCUGUACGCCGCCUCCGACGAGAAGAACAAGCUGCUGCUGACGCUCUGCAAGGACACGCACCAGUGGAGCAUGAAGCUGGCGGCACGCCUCAAGGAUGCCCACAAGCGGGAGGAGGAGGAGGCCGAGUCGAAUCGAUUGCAUGCCAGCUACGCCUGUUCCCGGAGUCUCCUGCUGCCGUACAAGAGCAAGAACGAGCAGCGCAUCUCGGUGAUAUCCAGCACCAGCUCCAACACCACCUCGGGCAUCGUCAGCGAUCGCGUGCACUCCGAGGACGAGCUGGAGAUCAUGAUCAACACUCCGCCGGCGCCUUUGGCAGCCCCAUCCACCGAGAGCCUGGCCCUGGCCCAUCUCCUGGACAGACCCAGCGUCAGCAGGCAGACUUCGUCCGUGGGACAAAUGUCCCUGAAAGACCUGGAGGAGCAGCUUGCGGCGUUGAGCGUACGCCCCCCGGAUACGGCCUCCAAUGGAGCGUCUGGCAUAUCCGCCAGUAAUUCUUCCUCCGGUCCGCGAACCUCUUUGGGCACCACACACGCAAAUGAUUCGUCGACGGCCACUGAUUCCCCCAGUUCCCAGCACAACAUUGGAUCCCAGUGCUCCUCCACCUGCAGCACUGUGGUGGUGACAUCUCCAGUGGCCGGAGUCGGAGCUAGUGGAUCCGCAUCCGCCAGCAGCAUACCCGUGCACUCGACGUCCUCCAGCCUGGAGCUGGGCUUCAGCCACACGGCCCAGAACUCCGCCUUGAGUGAGACGAAUCCCGAGGACUUCCCGGAGAGCGUAUCCGGGGCAUCGGGGGUGUACACCCUCGCCCAUGGAGCCCCGCCCACAGAGACCUCCGGGGUGUACACGAUGCACAGCAGCGAGCUCACGGGCCAGUCCUCGGAGAUGGCCGAGUCCGAGAAGAGCUCCCACUACGGGAUGUUCCAGCCCACGGAAUCCAUGGAGAUGGAGAUGGAGGAUGGCGGACCCUCGGACCUAGUGGACGGCGGCAAGAAACGGGCAGAGUUUCGACUGCGCUCAGACUCGAACAUCAGCACCGGGAGCUCCUUCCGAGGCGACGGCAGCGAUCCCACGGACAACAAGCACUCACUGCUCUCCGCCGAAGAGUUGACGAACCUCAUCGUGGGCCGUGGCACCUAUUCGAGCCGCAAGACCGUGUCCAGCAAUUUGCACUCGGACUGCGACUACGUGACGAUGCCGAUGCCGAUACCCCUCGAGACCCCCAGCGAGGCGGAUGACCAGGAGCAGGAGCUCCCGCCAGCACCCCCACCACCGUACAGUGCACGGCACGAGAAGACGGGUCUGUGUGGACCCCCAGUGGCUCCACCGCCAGUGCCACCGAUGCCCAAGACAGUACCGAAACCCAUCGUAGUGGCUCCUCCUCCGCCAAAACCAGAGCCGCCGCCGCCGCCAAGUCCCAGUCCGGCUCCUCCGCCACCCACUGCUCCGCCGCCGCCUGUGACUUCACUGCGACGCAGAGAUCCACCGCCAUAUCCCAGCAGCAGCAAGCCCCGGCCCACAUCCCUCAUCUCGGUGGCAUCCUCGGCCAAUCCGGCGCCCAGUACGGCGGGAUCGUUGAGUUCUUUAAAGUCCGAGGAGGUGACAGCGCGCUUCAUUACGACGCGGCCGCAGAUCAGCAUCCUGAAGGCGCACACCAGCCUCCUGCCGGAUGGAGCCAAGCCCAGCUAUGCGGCACCGCACCACUGCUCCUCGGCAGCGUCUUCAAGUGGAUCGCUGUGCAGCCACCAGCUGUCGCAGCAGUCGCUCCACAAUUCCAAUUACGCGGGAUCCGGCUCCCAGGCCUCGCUGCACCACCAUCCGCAUCCGCAUGCGCAUCCACACCAUCGUAUGGUCGAUCCGCACCAGCACCCAUCGCACCAUUCGCACCAUCGACACUCGGGAUCAGCGGCCAUUGGCAUACCGAUAGUUCCUUACGGCCUCCACAAGAGCACGGCCUCGCUGCACCACCAGCAGCCACAGCAGGCAUGCGUUCUGUUGCCGGUGAUCAAGCCGCGCCAGUUUCUGCCCCCGCCGCCGCCCAGUCUCCCCCGACAGCCGCCCCCACCACCACCGCCAGCGCACCAUCCUCACCAGCAUCCCCACCAGCAUCCACAUCUGGCUGGACAUCACCUGUACACGAGUCAGCUGGCGAGGAAGCAGCUGGAGCUGUACCAGCAGCAGCUGUACAGCGACGUGGACUACGUGAUCUACCCGAUUCAGGAUCCGGCGGUCAGUCAGCAGGAGUACCUGGACUCCAAGCAGGGAUCCCUGCUGGCAGCCAUGGCCCAUCAAGCACCUCCGCCACCCCACCAUCCGUAUCUGGCGAUGCAGGUGUCGCCGGCGAUCUACCGGAGCACGCCCUACCUCCCACUGGCGCUGUCCACGCACUCGCGUUACGCCUCCACCCAGAACCUGUCGGACACGUACGUCCAGCUGCCCGGGGCCGGAUAUUCGCCCCUAUACUCGCCCUCGAUGGCCAGCCUGUGCUCCUCGUACGAGCCCCCGCCGCCGCCCCCGCUGCAUCCAGCGGCCUUGGCAGCCGCCGCCGCAGCCAACGCGAGCGCCAACGCCUCCUCGAUGUUCGCACGAUCACGAUCAGACGACAAUAUUCUGAAUUCGCUCGACUCGAUGCCCAAGGGGAAGCGUCUGCCGCCGCCACCGCCGCCACCCUAUGUGAACAGGCGCCUCAAGAAGCCACCAAUGCCGGCGCCCAGUGAGAAGCCGCCACCAAUUCCUUCGAAACCCAGUCCCAGCACGAGCAUCCUGCCGCCGCGAAAGCCCCCCACACUGAAUCCCCACAAUGCCAACAGUCCGCUGACCAAGACCUCCAGCGGAGCCCAGUGGGCAGGGGAACGUCCGAGGUCCGAUAUGGGUGUGGGAUUGAAUCGCACUGGCAACAGCAUUCUGGCCCAACUACAGGCCUCGAUGGCAGCACAGAGCCAUGCCCAAGCCCAGGCCCAAGCUCAGGCCCAGGCCCUGGAUAUAGCCUUGCUGAGGGAGAAGAGCAAGCACCUGGAUCUGCCACUUAUCUCGGCGCUGUGCAACGAUCGAUCGCUGCUCAAGCAGACCAAGGUGAUGGUCAAUCCGAAGAAUGCCACCGAAGGAGGAGUAGCAUCAUCCUCCUCCUCCAAUGCGAAUGGGAACUCGAACUCCAACUCCACGUCCCCCUAUUCGGGAGGAGGUGGAACACUGAGCAAAACGAGGAAGAGCUCUGCUGCGGUCAGUCAUCGGCAUCCGCAGGACAAGCUACCGCCGCUGCCUGUUCAGCAGUUGGCGGAGGCCAACAACUACGUCAUGGAUCCCGCUGUGGUGAUGAAGCACCACAAGAGCUACAACUCGCAGACUUAAACGGAAAUAGAGAAAUGGAAAAACGGAAUUGUAGAAACAGGAACGGAAAGGGAAGCGAUGCUAAGGCCAGACGACACUCUUCUCUCUAGUUCGAUUGCUGUUUGAUGUGUUUGUAUAUGUGUUUUUGUGAUGUGCGGUGGCAUGCUACAUGCUACAUGGGAAUUUGCAUAGAUCGAGAGUCGAGUUGGAGUUAAGAGAUCGAUCACAGUGUUUCGGCCGCGGUGCGUAGGCAGAAGAAUUCGGACAGAUCUAGAUCCAACAGAAACCCCCCUGAACAGCAGAACAGAAGCAUAACAGUAACAGUAACAGCAACCGUAACGUAACAGUAACAGUAACGCGACGUAACGUAAGAACCUCAAGAACGCAUUCAAAUAACAGAACCCAGUCUAGUCACAGGUAGAAGAGGGACAACCAUACAGAGAAUGACAAAAAACCAGAGAGAGAAACGACAGAGAGAGAGCGAGGAGCACCACUAUAUAACUAUGAGAAACGAGAAACGGAAACAAUACUCAAGUAUAAAAUACGAAAACUACUUAAUACACUAAACUAAAGCUUAAUACAUAGUCUUAGUAGCUGCGACUUAGGCCAGAUGCGAAUACUUACACUAACUAAACUACUUCCGCCCAAACAACUGUGAUUGAUUUUUUACUUUAAACUUAACUAAAUUUUAAUACUACUUUAGUCAGCAACAAGAAGAACAAACAGAACAUCGAAUGCAACAAAACAAAAGAAAACAAAAAACUAUGCAAAUUUUUUAGUACGUAGAAUCGCCUACCCACCCCCUCACACACAUCAUACCCACAACGAAUCGGAUCCAUCGAAUGGUCAUACGAUCGAAUAUAUACAUAUCGUAUCGUAUCGGACAUUCGCUGGACGAAAGGAACUAAAGAAUUUCAAGAGUGCCCAGACUUGCCCCCAGCCGCUCACACCCACCGUAUCUGAAUUUAGCGAGUGAGAGAGAGAGUUACGCGUUUUGAUAACGGUCUAUAUUUUGUAUCCAUUUUGUGUUUUUAUUAUCUUUUGUCGAUUAACCAACCCUCUGAGAAUGUGUGUGUGUGUGCAAAAAUGAUUUCGAGUUUUUCGAUGGAUGUCACAAAUAUUUGCGUAGAUUUUUCUCGACUAAAAGUCUAUGGCUAAAUUGAGUAAUGUGAUUUUUGAGAAAAUGUAAAAAUUUUUGCCAUAUAUCUUACAUAUAUAUAAACCAUUAUAUAUAUAUAUACAUAUACAUAUAAAAUUAUUGUAUUUUAAUUUAUUAUUCUUACAACAAAACAUUCAAUUAAUGCAUUUAUAAAGCAAGCAAAUCGUUGAAACAUCCAACAAUCGUAUACGAUAAGUAAAAACAAAGUCCUUGAUUAAAGAGUUGUAAAAAUUAUGUUUGCGAAAUAAAAUGAAAAAUUCAAAUG